ACGGCUUGACCUCUAGGUGGGGCAAUCUACUACAUGACAUUCAAGCCGGUAUGCUGAUAGUCGAUCGCUGUUGGCGAUGGGAGCAGAUCAAAACAAAAUCCUUUUCAGAAAACCAGUGCAAUAAAUGGUUGAGUAGAAAAGGAUGCACGCUUUGGCGUUUAGGGUGAUGAGGCUCUGCAGGCCGGACAUACCUGCGGAGUUCCCAAAAGGUCUUGGUCUCAGACAAGAUUUUCUGCCUGAUGAUCUGGCCUUGGAAUCGAAUUCAGGAGAGGAGGACUUGACAGGACCAUUUGCACAUCGAGCGAACAUUGAAAACCCGAUCGAUGCUCUUGGCAUCGAUGGUGUCCUUGAGCUGCCGCAGAAUUUCGGCACUAUUCAUCUGGGUGAAGCGUUCAGCAGCUAUAUCUCGGUGGGCAAUUACUCGAACGCCACCGUGGAAGAAGUUGUCAUCAAGGCUGAAUUGCAGAGCGCCCGACAGAAGAUGACACUGUAUGAAACGGCAACGCCCCUGCCAAAGCUUGAUCCUGGAGAGCGUCACGACUUCCUGAUAAAGCAUGACAUCAAGGAGAUCUCUGCUUACACCCUUAUCUGCAGCACAUCCUACAUUGAUAAAGGCGAGACAGCGUAUCAGCCACAGUACUUCAAGUUCGUGGCCCAGAACCCACUGUCAGUCCGCACCAAGAUAAGGUCAUUGACACGGCAGACUUUCCUGGAGGCCUGCGUGGAGAACUUGACUAGCAGACCCCUAGUUCUGGCAUAUAUCCGCCUGGAUGCAGCUCCAAGUGUUGUGGCAGUCCCUGCAAGCAGUGCUUGGAGCGAUGGGGAGCCAUCAAAGGAUGCGGAGAGCAGCUCGCUGGGAAGCUACGCAGAUUCCUUGCAGAUAGUGGACGCCGGGGGGUCCAGCAACUUCCUGUAUGCGUUGCAUUCCUCCAAGGCAUCGCCAGCAGAGGCUGGCAGUGCGCUCACUGGCGCUUUGGGCAAAAUGGAGAUUCGGUGGCGUGGCAAUUUGGGCAAAUUGGGGCGGCUGCAGACUCAGCAGAUCAUGGCAAACGCUGUCAACUCCAAGGAUGUCGAGCUGCUUCUGACAUCCCUGCCACAAGCAGUGCACCUUGAAAUACCGUUUGCUGCGAAAGUUACUGUCAGGAGUAAUGUGGACCGCACUCUCGAAAACCUUGCUCUCCGCGUCCCUGAGCAGCCAGCAGAAGGCGGGCUCGUCGUUGAGGACCUGAGCUCUACAGUUGUAUCGAGAUUAGAUGCGUACGGCAGCAGCUCUGUGGUGUGCACACUACUGCCCAUGAAAGAAGGUCUUCAGAAGCUGCAAGCUGUUGAGCUGAUCAGUCAGCAGGAUGGCAGGAUUCUGGAUGUGAUGGAUAUCGAUUGCUUUGUGAACCGAUAGCAACAAUGCUGCUGCUGCAGCACUUUGAAAUAAUUUGUACAAUACAAAGGAACAGAAACGGACCAUUUGUACAACUUGGCUUGUGCACAUGUACUGUCUGGAGGGCACAUCAGUACAUGAGUCUGGAUGGAGAUCUAUGGGCAAUACCUGCAAGCAUGCAGUU